AUGGUCAAAACAAACCCAUUAGAAAGGCGUGGUCAAGUUGAAAUGGAUAAACAUUACCAUCUCUCUCUCUCUCUCUCUAUUCCAAAGUUAGUCGCUUCAAGCCACACUCCUCACUCCAAGUUGGUUGGCGCGGUUGAGAAGGCAAGAGGCUGGCGAGUGCGAGAGGGAGGGAGAGAGAAUUUAUGGGCUCUUAAUCCAGAGCCCAUCUCUCUCUCUCUCGUGCCGCUAAUUCGUAUUUUGGGCUGCUCCCAUGGUCACACAAAUGUAUGCGGUGGUGGUGGAGGGGGAUUGCGAAAUUCAUCUCAAGGAGCUGGAAGUCAUCUUGGUGAUCCACCAGACGCACUGCCAUCAAUGCUGCGUCGCCACGCUCAUGUGUGUCUACUCCGCAUGUUUCAUAUUAAUAAAAACCUAUUCUACUGCUUCUUCUCUCGAUUCAUUGCCUGCGUGCCCAUCACCGAGUUAAUGGAAUUUCUGCAUGGACUUACCAGCUUCUGUUUGGAUCCUGUUGUUCUGAAUCCUGCCAGACCAGGAUUUUCAGAGAAAUGGAGUUAUCACAACAGUUUUGGCCAGUCCUUCACAGGCGAAGGGACUCGUGGUGCGGAGGGUGUGAUCAUUUCCAGUUUGAUGGGUUGUUUGGUGCGACGAUUUGUUCGAUGUCGACGGGAAUUGGCCACACAGGAGAAUAUUAGCCUCUUCACUGAGGUGCGUCACCUCCUUACCUACCUCAAAUCUGUUCAUGGAAGUACCUUUCGACGGGCUCUCCUUUGUGCCCUCCUCUGCCCUAUGCGAACAAUUGUAUUGAGGAAUAAACCAAAUAAUGCAUCGCUAUUCAGGCCGAGAAUACUCUCAGCAAGGAAUUCUCUUUGGCCCACUUCUUCUUCAAAACGUCCUUCAAUUGUCGUUCCAUCAGGCGAUUUCGCCGAUGUGGUUGACUAUUCUGCAACUAAAAGAACGCAAUUCGGUCAAAGUCAGAGUUGGAAGUCGCGGGCUGGUCCAGUGGACUUUCUACACGAUCCUAAAGCUCCUAAGCUUGUGACGGAGCGACGUUUGAUCGAUUUACCAUCGUUGAAAGAAAAUCUACGGGAUUUUGCAUUUCUUCUUGACUGCUUGGAGCCUGGAACCCUACCCGAACCCCAACUAGUUGCUUCUUUUCUUGACUUGAAAGCUCCGGUUCUAGCACGGGCCUGUCUUCUCCUUGAAUGUGCUUUCUUUGUAAAUCGAUGCAAUCGAGGCGAGUGGCCUUCUUGGAUGAAAAUGAAUCUCCCACUUCCAAUGCAACAAGCAGAGCAGUUCACUCAGACCUCCUCUCAACACAUUGCCAUCUCCAUUUCAGGUCCUGCGGGAGCAAAUACUGAUCCCGUUGAUUACAAUGGCGCCUCUGUUCACACUACCUCACAAAUCCAAUGUGCUGCUGGAAAGCUAUUCCAUAGUUGGGCUGAAGUUAGUAUAUAA